AUGGACAUAAGUGCGCGUGCCAUGCGUGGUAAAGUUGUCACAUUUCAUCAGUUAUUCGUCGUUAUUGGACUUCCAUGGUUGCUUGGCCAACAUGACAAAUGGAAUUGGGAUAUGUCGUGGAUUGGAUUGUUCUCAUUCGUAGGUUGUUUUCUCCUUUGGACAUUACCAGAAAGUCCACGAUGGCUUGUGCAAGAACAACAACGAACUGAAGCAACUGCAUCAUUACGUAUUCUUCGACAAGUUAAUUUAAUUGAUGCAGAACUUGAUGAAAUUGAACGCGAAGAAGCAACUGUUGCAAGACAAAACAUAUCCAUUUAUGAGAUGUUUGUUUUAUAUCGUUAUCGUUGGCCGUUAUUGACUAGUACUGCACUGAAUGCUGUUCAACAAUUGUCCGGUAUUAAUACUGUAUUUUUUUAUUCCAAUGAAACGUUGUCGAAUAUUGGUUUUGUUGAUGACAAAGUAUAUUGGGGUGUGCUUUCAACUGGUAUUGUCAAUCUCAUUAUGACAGCAACAGCAGUUAAAUUUGUUGAAAUAUUCGGCCGUCGUCCAUAG